GAAAGCGUCCUGGAGCCAUCCAAGAGUUCCCAAGAAAAUUGGCAGAGCGCUCAGCAGGAAGUCAGGCCCCUGCUAUCCAACUGUUGACCAGACUUGCCAAGUGUCUUCCUAUGCUGCCGCCUGGGGGCGCCCCCAGCUGGGUCUGCGGCUGCCGCCAGCACUGCUGUUAUCAUUAAGAUAAUUAAUAAACAUGCACUGAUGGGCCAAGUGGAGGAAGAGGGAGGCUCCUGCUGCUUAGGAGAAUCCCUGGAAAGACAGGGAGAUCAUGGGACGUCUCACUAGCUAGUUCCUUCUUCCCAUCCAGGACCCCUGGAAAGGACCUUGUGGGUUGGCCUCCAGGAGGCAAGAAGAGGUGAGGACAAGAAAAGGACUUGCCAGGUGCGAUUUGGAACCAGCUCUGCAUCUUCCUGACAGGAUGUCUGUGAGCAGGCCACCUCCCGUGAUUACUGGUUGUGGAGCAGGCAAUUAUUCAUUCCUUUAACAAGGAUCUGCCUAUUUAUUUAUGGAGUGCCUACUGUGCGCAAGGUGGUCUUCUAAUAAUAGCAGAUGUUUCACUAGCUUGUAUGAAGACAAUGCCAGUGUUCAGACUAUGUCCCAGAAGUGGGGGGUAGAAAGAGGAAGCAAGUAGGAAGAAUGACAGCCCCCAAAUACACGGCGAUUUGGCUUUGGCCUUCGUAGGCUAGCAAUGGGGAUGGACACCUGAGAAUUACUAAACAGAUCUUGGGAAAACUCUAGAUGGAUGACAAACUGGAAACACUCUGGGAAGGUGGGUUGGAGAGAAUGGUCUAUUCAGUAGGAGAAUACUUGGCGAUUAAAGGCCUGAAGCUCAUGGGAGCCCCAGUGAAGAUGACAGUGUCUCAGGGGCAGCCAGUGAAGCUCAACUGCAGUGUGGAGGGAAUGGAGGACCCUGACAUACACUGGAUGAAGGAUGGUGCUGUGGUCCAGAAUGCAAGCCAGGUGUCCAUCUCAAUAAGCGAGCACAACUGGAUUGGCUUACUCAGCCUAAAGUCAGUGGAGCGGUCUGAUGCCGGCCUGUACUGGUGCCAGGUGAAGGAUGGGGAAGAAACCAAGAUCUCUCAGUCAGUAUGGCUCACUGUUGAAGGUGUGCCAUUUUUCACGGUGGAACCAAAAGAUCUGGCGGUGCCACCCAAUGCCCCUUUUCAACUGUCUUGUGAGGCGGUGGGUCCUCCAGAACCCGUAACCAUUUACUGGUGGAGAGGACCCAUUAAGGUUGGGGGACCUGCUCCCUCUCCCUCUGUUUUAAAUGUGACAGGAGUGACCCAACGCACAGAAUUUUCUUGUGAAGCUCACAACAUAAAAGGCCUGGCCACUUCCCGACCAGCCAUUGUUCGCCUUCAAGCACCGCCUGCAGCCCCUUUCAACAUCACAGUAACAACGAUCUCCAGCAGCAACGCUAGCGUGGCCUGGGUGCCAGGUGCUGACGGCCUAGCCCUGCUGCAUUCCUGUACUGUACAGGUGGCACACGCCCCAGGAGAAUGGGAGGCCCUUGCUGUUGUGGUUCCUGUGCCGCCCUUUACCUGCCUGCUUCGGAACUUGGCCCCUGCCACCAACUACAGCCUUAGGGUGCGCUGUGCCAAUGCCUUGGGCCCUUCUCCCUAUGGCGACUGGGUGCCCUUUCAGACAAAGGGCCUAGCGCCAGCUAGAGCUCCUCAGAAUCUCCACGCCAUUCGUACCGACUCAGGCCUUAUCCUGGAAUGGGAAGAAGUGAUUCCUGAGGACCCUGGGGAAGGCCCCCUAGGACCUUAUAAGCUGUCCUGGGUCCAAGAAAAUGGAACCCAGGAUGAGCUGAUGGUGGAAGGGACCAGCGCCAAUCUGACCGGCUGGGAUCCCCAGAAGGACCUGAUUUUGCGUGUGUGUGCCUCCAAUGCAAUUGGUGAUGGACCCUGGAGUCAACCCCUGGUGGUGUCAUCUCAUGACCAUGCAGGGAGGCAGGGCCCUCCCCACAGCCGCACAUCCUGGGUGCCUGUGGUCCUCGGUGUGCUCACCGCCCUGAUCACAGCUGCUGCCUUGGCCCUCAUCCUGCUUCGGAAGAGACGCAAGGAGACACGGUUUGGGCAAGCCUUUGACAGUGUCAUGGCCAGAGGGGAGCCAGCUGUACACUUCCGGGCAGCCCGAUCUUUCAAUCGAGAAAGGCCUGAACGAAUUGAGGCCACAUUGGAUAGCCUGGGCAUCAGUGAUGAAUUGAAGGAAAAGCUGGAGGACGUCCUCAUCCCAGAGCAGCAGUUCACCCUUGGCCGGAUGUUGGGCAAAGGAGAGUUUGGAUCAGUGCGGGAAGCCCAGCUAAAGCAGGAAGAUGGCUCCUUCGUGAAAGUGGCUGUGAAGAUGCUGAAAGCUGACAUCAUUGCCUCAAGCGACAUAGAAGAGUUCCUCAGAGAAGCAGCUUGCAUGAAGGAGUUUGACCAUCCACACGUGGCCAAGCUUGUUGGGGUGAGCCUCCGGAGCAGGGCUAAAGGUCGUCUCCCCAUUCCCAUGGUCAUCCUGCCCUUCAUGAAGCAUGGAGACUUGCAUGCCUUUCUGCUCGCCUCCCGAAUUGGGGAGAACCCUUUUAACCUGCCCCUCCAGACCCUGGUCCGGUUCAUGGUGGACAUUGCCUGUGGCAUGGAGUACCUGAGCUCCCGGAACUUCAUCCACCGAGACCUAGCAGCUCGGAAUUGCAUGCUGGCCGAGGACAUGACAGUGUGUGUGGCUGACUUUGGACUCUCCCGGAAAAUCUAUAGCGGGGACUAUUAUCGUCAGGGCUGUGCCUCCAAAUUGCCCGUCAAGUGGCUAGCCCUGGAGAGCUUGGCUGACAACUUGUAUACUGUAUACAGCGAUGUGUGGGCCUUCGGGGUGACCAUGUGGGAGAUCAUGACUCGUGGGCAGACGCCAUAUGCUGGCAUUGAAAAUGCUGAGAUUUACAACUACCUCAUCGGCGGGAACCGCCUGAAGCAGCCUCCGGAGUGCAUGGAGGAAGUGUAUGAUCUCAUGUACCAGUGCUGGAGUGCCGACCCAAAGCAACGCCCAAGCUUCACAUGCCUGCGAAUGGAACUGGAGAACAUUCUGGGCCACCUAUCUGUGCUGUCCACCAGCCAGGACCCCUUGUACAUCAACAUUGAGAGAGCUGAGCAGCCUACUGAGAGUGGCAGCCCCGAGCUGCCCUGUGGAGAGCAGUCUAGCAGCGAGACAGGGGAUGGCAGUGGCGCGGGGGCAGUAAGUGGCAUCCCCAGUGACUGUCGGUACAUCUUUAGCCCUGGAGGGUUGGCCGAGUCACCAGGGCAGCUGGAGCAGCAGCCAGAAAGCCCCGUCAAUGAGAACCAGAGGCUGUUAUUGCUGCAGCAAGGGCUACUGCCUCACAGUAGCUGUUAACCCACAGGCAGAGGAAAGCUGGGCCCCCUGGCUCUGCCGGCCGCUGUGCUGGCUGACUAGGCCCAGUCUGAUUAUAGCCCAGGCAGCAAGGUAUGGAGGCUCCUGUGGUAGCCUCCCAAGCUGUGCUGGUGCCUGGACUGACCAAAUUGCCCAAUCCCAGUUCUUCCUGCAGCCACUCUGGCCAGCCUGGCAUCAGUUCAGGCCUUGGCUUGUGGAGGUGAGCCAGAGCUUGUUGCCUGAAUGCAGGCAGCUGGCAGGAGGGGAGGGUGGCCAUGUUUCCAUGGGUACCAUGGGUGUGAAUGGCAGUAAGGGAGGGUAGCAACGGCCCUGUGGGCCCCUACCCUCCUGGCUGAGCUGCUCCUACUUUAGUUCAUGCUUGCAGCCACCUGCAGUCUGGAGCUCAGCACUACCCACCACACUUGGGCUUAAAUGUCAGGUUUGCCCCUCUAAGUCACAAAGAGAUGUCCAUGUAUUGUUCCCUUUUAGGUGACGAUUAGGAAGGGUUUGGCACACUUGGGUCCCUAAGCCCUAUGGCAGGAAAUGGUGGGAUAUUCUCAGGUCUGAAUCCUCAUCACCUUCCUGAUUCCCCACCCUGCCAAGGCCUGGAACUGGCUGGGUGGCUCUGAAACAUGCAGGAGGACAAAAGGCUACAGAGAUCCGACUUCUAAAGGCAGGGUCUGAGUCCGGCGGAUGGAGGGGUACUAAGGGUAUGGCCCAGGAGUUAGGCAUUCCAGGACCCCUCCACAAUACUACAGUCUGUCUGAGCAUGCUACCCAGCCCCCAAAUAUCCCAAAACUAACAGAGGGAGUUUUGUCUGAGCCCAGCCCUUCCAUAUGGUGGCCCUUAGGUCCCUUACUUUCCUCUCUACAUGGACAUCCUUGUUUGUCCCAAGUCUCCAGAGAGAAAUAUGCCUGAUGGCUGAUGUGGGUAAGAAAAGUUCCUGGAACCAGGGCUGGGUCUAGGCACCACAAACCUGGAAUGCACGAGGCAGGCUCUUGCUGUUAGGAACAUUUCCAAGCUGUUAAGUUGCUGUUUCAAAACAAAUAAAAUUGAAAUAUAAAGAAUCA